AUGGUCAAAGAUAGUAUAUCCCAUGAAGAGGCUGAAAAAAGAGCUAUAAGGGUCAAGCUUCCAGAGAAAUAUCAAAAUGAAUUUAUAGAAAAGAUGGUAGUUAGACGAAAUGAUGUCUUCAGAACCAAGCAUUCAUCAAAUAAUAGCAUACCAUGUGAACAAAUGAAGAAAUUAAAAAAGGUAUUUGAAGCAGAUGGGCAGAAUGCAGAAAUAGGAAAUUAUAUAGAAGAACAAACUGGCCUAGAGGCUGGCAAAGAACUAACAGAUUCAUCUGAGUCAAGUUCAGCUGAAGAGGAUUCGCAAAGUAAAGUGUGGGAAGAAAAAAUCUGGUAA